GCUUUUGGGCCCUGACAGCUAGUUUGAAGUGAUUCGGGUGGACAUGGCUCACACAUAAAUUAAAACGUCACAGCCCCAGUUUUGUCACCAGGGGCUGUUGCUUGAAUUUGCUGCUUUUUCCUAGCACGAGCGUUGCGGGUCUGCCAGGACUCGUGUUUGGCCUCACAGCAAGUGUCGUCGCCUUUCUAGCGAUGAGUCGUGUUGAUUGGUGCUUGUCAGUUGCGCGGCGGGUCCUGCUGCGUGAUGGAGUUACGUGGGCGGCAUCAGUACCUUGCAGAAGGGACACUGAAUAGCCUCCCGUGCUGACGCCGCCAGGGUCUGGGACUCAGCUCUUUGGCAGGGCUGGUGAACUGUGGAUUGUCCAGGGGCUGGCGGAUCAGAUGGUCAGCACGCAGGCCUGCCUUCCUGUGCUGACAUUCUGGACAGAGGACGGCAGAUGUCCACCAGCUGGUGCGGAGCUGCAGGACGGCCUGACUCACCGCGAGCUGCGAGCACGGAUGCUUUAGGGAGCGGCGCUCGCUGUCGCUUGCCGCACAGAGUCCCACGAUGAGCGUCCAGGAGCAGGGUUUCCCCCUGGACCUCGGAGCAAGCUUCACCGAAGAUGCCCCCCGGCCCCCGGUGCCUGGGGAGGAGGGAGACCUGGUGUCCGCAGACCCGAGGCCCGCCAGCCACAGCUUCUGCUCCGGCAAAGCUGCUGGCAUUAAAGCUGAGACUUCGACGGCUACUCCAAGGCGCUCGGAUCUGGACCUGGGGUAUGAGCCCGAGGGCAGUGCGUCUCCCACGCCGCCAUACUUGAAGUGGGCCGAGUCCCUGCACUCCCUGCUGGACGAUCAAGACGGGAUCAGCCUGUUCAGGACUUUCCUCAAGCAGGAGGGCUGUGCUGACCUUCUGGACUUCUGGUUUGCCUGCAGUGGCUUCAGGAAGCUGGAGCCCUGCGAUGCGAAUGAGGAGAAGAGGCUGAAGCUGGCUAGAGCCAUCUACCGCAAGUACAUCCUGGACAGCACUGGCAUCGUGUCCAGGCACACCAAGCCGGCCACCAAGAGCUUCAUCAAGGACUGCAUCGUGAGGCAGCAGGUCGACCCCGCCAUGUUCGACCAGGCCCAGACGGAGAUCCAGGCCACCAUGGAGGAGAACACCUACCCCUCCUUCCUCAAGUCCGACAUUUAUUUGGAGUACACGAGGACAGGCUCGGAGAGCCCAAAGGUCUGUAGUGACCAGAGCUCUGGGUCAGGCACAGGGAAGGGCCUGUCUGGAUACCUGCCCACUCUGAAUGAAGACGAGGAGUGGAAGUGUGACCAGGACACGGACGAGGAGGAAGCGCGGGACGCGGCGCCUCCCAGCAGGCUCACCCAGAAGCUGCUCAUGGAGACGGCUGCCCCGAGGGCCUCCUCAGGGAGACGGUACAGCGAAGGCAGAGAGUUCAGAUACGGGUCCUGGCGGGAGCCUGUCAACCCCUACUACGUCAACUCUGGCUACGCCCUGGCCCCAGCUACCAGUGCCAAUGACAGCGAGCAGCAGAGCCUGUCCAGCGACGCCGACACCCUGUCCCUCACAGACAGCAGCGUGGAUGGGAUCCCGCCGUACAGGAUGCGCAAGCAGCACCGCAGAGAGAUGCAGGAGAGCGUCCAGGUCAACGGGCGGGUGCCCCUCCCUCACAUCCCCCGCACCUACCGAAUGCCAAAGGAGAUCCGUGUGGAGCCGCAGAAGUUCGCCGAGGAGCUCAUCCACCGGCUGGAGGCCGUGCAGCGCACGCGGGAGGCCGAGGAGAAGCUGGAGGAGCGGCUCAAGCGUGUCCGCAUGGAGGAAGAAGGAGAGGAUGGUGACCUUCCCCCUGGGCCCCCAGGGGCGAGCCACAAGUUGCCUCCUGCCCCAGCCUGGCACCACUUCCCGGCCCGCUGUGUGGACCUGGGCUGCGCCGGGCUGCGGGACGCACACGAGGAGAACCCCGAGAGCAUCCUGGACGAGCACGUGCAGCGGGUCAUGCGGACCCCUGGCUGCCAGUCUCCCGGCCCUGGCCACCGCUCCCCUGACAGCGGGCACAUGGCCAAGGUGUCGGCCACGCUGGGUGGCGUGGCCUCGGGGCACGGGAAGCACAUGCCCAAGUCGGGGGCGAAGUUGGACGUGGCCGGCCUGCAUCACCACAGGCACGUCCACCACCACGUCCACCACAGUACAGCCAGGCCCAAGGAGCAGGUGGAGGCCGAGGCUGCCCGCAGGGUCCAGAGCAGCUUCGCGUGGGGCCCGGAACCGCACAGCCACACAGCCAAGACCCGCAGCCACUCAGAGGGCAUGGGUGCCACCCCCAGCGCCGGCGACAGCCUGGCCUACAGCGGGAAAGCAGGCAUGCCCUCCAGAAGAAGCGCCAAGAAGGCCGAGUCUGGGAAGAACGCGGCUGCGGAGGUGCCGGGCGCCUCGGAGGACACGGAGCGGAACCAGAAGAUCAUGCAGUGGCUCAUCGAGGGCGAGAAGGAGAUCAGCAGGCACCGGAAGACCGGCCACGGGUCCUCUGGGGUGCGGAAGCAGCAGGCCCACGAGAGCUCCAGGCCCUUGUCCAUUGAACGCCCUGGGGCCGUGCACCCCUGGGUCAGUGCUCAGCUCCGGAACUCCGUCCAGCCCUCUCAUCUCUUCAUUCAAGACCCCACCAUGCCACCCAACCCCGCCCCCAACCCCCUGACCCAGCUGGAGGAGGCCCGCAGGCGUCUGGAGGAGGAGGAGAAGAGAGCCAGCAAGCUGCCCUCCAAACAGAGGACGAAGUCACAGCGGAAGGGGGCCGGCGGGGGCAGCCAGGCGUGCGACAGCAUCGUGGUGGCGUACUACUUCUGCGGGGAGCCCAUCCCCUACCGGACCCUGGUCAGGGGCCGUGCUGUCACCCUGGGCCAGUUCAAGGAGCUGCUGACCAAGAAGGGCAGCUACAGAUACUACUUCAAGAAGGUGAGUGACGAGUUCGACUGUGGAGUGGUGUUCGAGGAGGUGCGCGAAGACGAGGCCGUGCUGCCCGUCUUCGAGGAGAAGGUCGUCGGCAAGGUGGAGAAGGUCGACUGAGCCCGCGCCGGGGCGGCCGCCUCCCGGAAGCCCUCCAGGAGCUGCCUGUGUGCAGCCAGCGUCUGGCUGACGAACAGCCGCCUGCCCCGUGCGGCCCCAGGAGGGGCCCAUCCACUUCCCAUAGCAAUACUCGGAGAGUCUGGCCGGCCACUGGUGUCCCCGCUCGGCUGGCCCGGCCCAGGAGUCCCCGCGCGUCUCUGGACUGUACGUGCCACCCAGUGCCUUCCGCCAGCCGUCUCUCGCCUGCCACUGUGAGAGCCGCGCCGGAGCCGGCCCUGCAGCCCCUGGCCACGUGUAAAUAUGUACAGUUCCCAGGCCCGUUUUUCAUGCGCUGACUUGUACAAUGGUCUUUUCAAAGGUACUUGGAUAAUAAUGAAAUAAAAGUUUUUGAACCUGC